AUGGGGAUUCAGGGACCACCGGGAGUAAAAGGAGACCGAGGCUUCAAAGGUGAAAAAGGUAUACAGGGCUUUGAGGGUCGUCAGGGGGACCCGGGUGCUAAAGGAGACGAUGGCAUCUGUCCAACUGACUGUAAGGGCAUCAUGGGCCCAUCAGGGGAACCCGGUCUGCCUGGUCCUGUCGGAGACAGAGGUCUCAAAGGUGCCAAAGGGAUGGAGGGUGACAAAGGUAUGAAGGGAGACAUGGGUAAUAUGGGUCCGCCUGGCACACCUGGACCAAUGGGUCUGAAAGGAGACAUGGGUCCCAAGGGGGACUGCAACUGUACAGAUGGAGCAGAUGGACAGAAAGGGGACAAAGGGGACAAAGGAACCAAGGGGGUCCAGGGAGGGAUGGGUCCUGUAGGGCAAACAGGCCAAAAGGGUCAGAAGGGACACAUGGGGGAUAUGGGGAUGAUGGGUCCUCCUGGUCCCUGCAUGCCCGUUAUCCAGUCUGCCUUUUCUGUAGCGCUGACAUCCAGCUUCCCCCCACCUGACACCCCCGUGAUUUUCUCCCACGUUUACUACAACUACCAGGGGCAUUAUGACGUAAUGACUGGUAUCUACACCGCCCCCAUCAAUGGCACCUACAUCUUCAGCUACCACCUCACCAUCUACGACCGAAUCCUGAAAGUCGGCAUCUUUCAUAACUAUUAUCCGGUGGUGAAAACUACGGGGACAUCCAUGUUAGGGACUGUAUCGCACACCGUCAUCCUUCACUUGUACAGGGGUGACAAGGUGUGGCUCCAGGUGAAAGAUACGCGUACUAACGGCAUGUACGCCGGCAACGAGGCCAGAAGCACCCUCUCUGGCUACUUGCUCCACCCUGAUCGCUGUGAUAUGGCCUUACCCAGAGGGCCUAUGCCAACAGUGCCCGACAUGGGAUACGACUGGCGCAACAACGGGACCACAACUCCUUCACCUACCACCACAGCAUCCCAUUAGAUUCAGUGACGAAUAAAUUGGUUGCCUGUAGAAGGAGCCAAAUAAAUUAUUUUACACCAACACAACAAGAUGAUUUUUUUUAAAAACAGUGCAAACAUUAGACAAACCACCAAGCAUCCUCAGCCCUUCAUGAAAAAAGAUAUAGCAAAGACUAUCAAGACUAAACAACAACAUGAGAAUUACAUUUUAAAAUUUUUUUAAUCAGUUUCAAUCAACCUCUAAUGAAACUAUGUUCAACCAACAUAUUGAGUUAGGGGA